AUGAAGAUAAUUAAUCUAGUGCCGUUCAUUUUACUUCAUAGCCUAAUCUUUUCAUCAGAAGAGGUUUCAUUUACCCUUAAAUCGGAGUUUUCCAAUGCUUCAAACUCACAUAUAUCAAAUUUACAUAAGAGAUCGAGACAUGCGGAGCAGCCAAUCUUUGUAAUUGAAGAUUCACAGGACUACUGUUCACAAGUGUUUUACCCAAGUCCACUUUGCGGAAGAGUAGACAAUUGUUGGCAAAAUGCAUUUGAAAAAGCGAAAAAAGUGGUGGAGAAGAUGUCAAUUCCAGAAAAAGUGAAUCUUACAACGGGCACAGGCUGGGGCUCGGGACCAUGUGUUGGCAACACUGGAUCGGUACCAAGAUUAGGGAUUCCUAAUUUGUGCUUACAAGAUGGUCCCAAUGGUGUUAGAUUCACUGAUUUUGUGACACAUUUUCCUUCAGGAUUGGCAACUGCUUGUACAUUCAACAAAGGAUUGUCCUACUUACGAGGAAAAGCGAUUGGUCGUGAGCAUAGGAAAAAGGGUGUGCAUAUUGCUUUGGGCCCAGUUAUUGGCCCCAUGGGAUUAAAAGCACAAGGAGGACGAAAUUGGGAGAGUUUUGGUGCCGACCCAUACUUACAAGGAGUCUUGGGUGCGGCGACUGUUGAAGGUAUGCAAGAUGAAGGUGUAGUAGCGACUGCUCGCCAUUUGAUUGGUAACGAGCAAGAACAUUUCCGUCAAGUUGGCGAAUGGGACGAAAAUGGAUGGGAGAAACUAGAAUGCUCGAUCAGUUCAAAUAUUGGAGAUCGUGCCAUGCAUGAAAUUUACUUAUGGCCGUUUGCAAAUGUGAUCAAGGCCGGUGUUGGGAGUGUUAUGUGUGCGUAUAACAAAGUAAAUAACACAUAUGCUUGUGAGAAUAGCUAUUUGUUAAAUUUUUUGUUGAAGUCAGAAUUGGCUUUCCAAGGAUUUGUGGUGAGUGAUUGGGGAGCGCAACAUAGUGGAGUUGGGUCGGCUCUAGCUGGUUUGGAUAUGACCAUGCCCGGUGAAGUGUAUGAUGAUUGGCUAACUGGGAAAUCAUUUUGGGGUCCAUUAUUGACACGGGCUGUGUACAAUGGAACAGUUAGUCAAGAAAGAUUGAAUGAUAUGGUAAUCCGCAUAUUGAUGCCAUUUUUUGCAAUUGAUCAGGUCAAGUUACCAACUGAUGAGGACAUCCCCAACUUUAGUUCAUGGACUCGCCAUACCUAUGGACAACUCUACCCUUAUCAGCAUUCGGGUCCCAUAUGUCAAAAGAAUUGGCAUAUUGAUUCCAGGUCUGAUUUCAGUGAAAAUACUGCAUUGACUGUUGCUAAGGAGUCGAUUGUAUUGUUGAAAAAUACAUAUCGACAUUUGCCAAUUGAUAAAAGUGAUGGAGUUAGAAGAUUAUUGAUUGCGGGACAAGGUGCUGGACCCGAUCCUGAAGGAUUUAACUGUAAGGACCAGAGGUGUGUCGGUGGGGUGCUCACCAGUGGGUGGGGGUCUGCCGCUGUUAACAAUCCUUAUGUUAUUACUCCUUACGAGGCAAUUGCCAAGAAGGCGAGAGAAAGAGGUAUAGUUGUGGACUACACUUCCAAUAAUUGGGAUUUGGAAAAUGCUAAUGAUUUGGCAGACUAUGCCGACAUGUCAAUUGUAUUUGUGAAUGCUUUUUCGGGGGAAGGUUAUAUUCACUUUGACGACAAUUAUGGUGAUAGAAAGAAUCUUUCAUUAUGGCACAAUGGUGAUGAACUCAUAAGCAAGAUAGCCGAUAGAUGUCACAAAACAGUAGUUGUUGUCACCUCAACUGGGCCUAUCAAUAUGGAAAAGUGGAUUGAGAAUGAAAAUGUCGUGGCUGUAUUGUUUGUUGCACCAUUAGGUCAAGUUGUUGGACAAGCCAUAGCUGAUGUGUUGUUUGGUGAUAGCAACCCUAGUGCGAAACUUCCUUUUACAAUUGCAAAGAAAAAGCAGCACUAUGUUUCAGUCGUUGAUGAAUUGGGGGAGAACUGGGAACCACAAGACAAUUUUGAUCGAGACAUAUAUCCAGAUUAUCGCUUCUUUGAUAAACACAAUAUUAAACCACGUUAUGAAUUUGGGUUUGGUCUAUCAUACACCAAUUUCAAAGUCACCAAUUUGAAGAUUACUGAAAUAAGUCCGCCUUCCGAGUUUUUGCCGUAUCCUCAGGAGUAUUUACCAAUUCAAAAGAUGGUAGAAGAUGAUGUUUGCGAUGCAGAAGAUGCUCUUUUCCCGCAUGACGAGUUUGAACCAUCUCCAGGAUUUAUUUAUCCUUACUUGUAUAAUGAAAACAUAAGGUCUGUUGAUGACGAUGAUACAUUUGAAUAUCCAAAAGGCUUUGAUCCUGACCAACAUUCGUCGCCACCACUCAAUGCUGGUGGCUUGGGUGGCAACCCUGCGCUUUGGGAGAUCCUUUAUGAAGUAAGUGCAGAGGUGAAGAACACAGGUACAAUGAAGGGAGGAUACGUGUCACAGUUAUACAUAGAGUUUCCAAGUACCAUUGUGUCAUCACCACCAAAAGUGUUACGAGGAUUUGAAAAAGUAUUCUUGGAGCCUGGUAAAAGUUGCAAAAUUUUUUUUAACAUUAUGCAUCGAGAUUUGAGUAUAUGGGAUUCGGAGUCACAACAAUGGAUUAUCCAAACAGGUACUUACAAGAUAUAUUUAUCAUCUAGUAGCCGAAAAGUGGAAUUGUGUGGAGAGAUUGAUAUUGGAUGCUGA